AUGCCUGUCUCUCACAUCUCCCUCGCUACUGGUGCGGCGAAUUUCGCCCGGAUGCGAGCCUUCUAUCUCGAGGCGCUUGCACCCCUUAACUACGUCACAUACUACGAACAUGCCAACUUCAUGCUCGGGCUCAAACCGGUCGGGAAGUUUCCGGACUUUUGGCUCCACGUGGGAAAUGGGGAGCAGGCUGCUUUCCCUGCGAGUGGUGAUGUUAAUGGACGACCGGGACGCACGCAUGUCGCUUUCGAUGCAGAAUCGCCCGAGGUUGUGGAUAGGUGGUAUGCUGCGGCUAUAAAAGCCGGUGGCGUCUGCAACGGGAAGCCCGGCUUGCGAGCGGAGUACUCAGAACCGUAUUAUGCUGCCUUCGUCCUCGAUCCGCUGGGCAAUAAUGUAGAGGCGGUACACUAUCAACGCACCAAACCGUGGUAG